CCCCGCCCUCAAGAAGAAAAGAAAAAAAAGGCAAUUAUACAACUCACUCUCCCCCCUCCUCCCCAGCUACCUCUCCUAUCAACAUAUACUGCUUCUUCCACAUGCAGUGGAGUACUGGGCCCCGGUGCACCGGCUCCAGCCAUGUCGGCGAGGAAUGCAGCGGCUGGUGGCGGUGACAGAGCGAUAGGGGAACAGACAGGUAAACCCGACACUGGGAUGUGCUGGUGGAGCAAAACCAAAGCCUAUCUCUGUCGGUGCCCAGCUUGAUGCCUGCCUGCUCAGCUGCUGCCUUGUCCUCGGGCACAGAGCUGCCUCGCAAGCGCAAGGGCAGCAUGGACACCCAAGAAACAAAAUCGUCCUCUUUCCUGGAUGUGGAGAUGGAUGAGGAGCCGGACGGGUCUGAAGGAGAGGAUCAACAUGUGAAGAUUAAGUGCUUCAGGGAGCCCCACAGUCAGAUUGAGAAGCGGCGGCGAGACAAGAUGAACAACCUUAUCGAUGAGCUGUCUGCCAUGAUCCCCACCUGCAACCCCUUGUCCCGCAAGCUGGACAAGCUGACGGUGUUGCGAAUGGCCGUGCAGCACCUCAAGUCUCUCAAAGGUACCGCCAGUUCCACCAGUUCCUUUACAGAAGCCAACUACAAGCCAUCUUUCCUUCCUGAUGAGGAGCUCAAGCACUUGGUCCUCAAGGCUGCAGAUGGGUUUUUGUUUGUGGUGGGCUGUGAUCGAGGUAAAAUAGUCUUUGUCUCAGAGUCCGUCAGCAAGAUACUCAACUACUGUCGGACGGAGCUGAUUGGUCAGAGUCUGUUUGACUAUGUCCACCCUAAAGACAUCAGCAAGGUGAAGGAGCAGCUGUCUGCUUCGGAGCUCUACCCCCGUGAGAGACUCAUCGAUGCCAAGACGGGCCUAGAGGUGCAGGCUGACCUCCCGCUGGGCGCAGCCCGCCUGGGCUCAGGAGCCCGCCGCUCAUUCUUCUGCCACAUGAAGUACAACAAGGUCUCCGUCAAGAUCGAGAAGAAGGAGUUCCAGCCCAGCAGCUCCAAAAAGAAAGUGUCUCAGCGGUACUGCACGGUCCAUUGCACAGGAUACAUGCGGAGCUGGCCCACCAGCCAGCUGGGGAUGGAGGGGGAGGCAGAGACCGAGGCCGACAAGGACAGCUCCCACUUCAGCUGCCUGGUGGCCGUCGGCCGGGUCCACCCCCGGCUCUACCCCCAGGCCAAUGGGGAGGUCCGCGUCACACCCACUGAGUUUAUCACACGCUACGCCAUGGACGGCAAGUUCACCUUCGUCGACCAACGUGCCACCACCAUUCUGGGCUAUCUCCCCCAGGAGCUGCUCGGUACCUCCUGCUAUGAGUACUUCCAUCAGGAUGACCUACCACAUCUAGCGGACCGCCAUCGUAAAGUGCUGCGGUGUAAAGAGAGGAUUGACACAAAUUGCUAUAAAUUCAAAACAAAAUAUGGCUCUUUUGUCACUCUACGAAGUCAGUGGUUUAGUUUUGUAAAUCCUUGGACCAAAGAAGUAGAAUACAUAGUGUCAACUAAUACCGUCAUAUCAAGCGACCAGAGUAGCCCAGCUAGAGCAGAAGUGAACCCUCAACAGACAGGCCUUCCCAAGACCUCUGAAGAUGACUGCAAGAAGUCUCUUCCCAUCAUCCCUGGGAUCCCCAGCACCCCUGGUACCAUGAUCUACGCUGGCAGCAUCGGCACGCACAUUGCUAACGAGCUGCUAGACUAUAACAGGAUGAACUCAUCCCCAUCCAGUGGUAACGUCAGUCCCUUUAACAUGCAGCAGGAUAGGUCGCCAAUGACUCAUCCCCAGACCAGCAGCAACGUGCCAAACGGAGAGGCGAUGGACAGUGAGAUACCAGGAAAGUCCAACACCGAGGACGAACUGCAAGGUGGUCCUGCCUCUGCUGGAGAACCACUGGGGGACAACGCUCAGCUGGACCUGGACAGUGUUGUGGGUCCCGGCCUCGGUGGCCUUAGCAACGACGAGGCAGCCAUGGCGGUCAUCAUGAGCCUGCUGGAGACGGACGCCAACCUGGGCGAGGCUGUGGACUUCGACGAGAUGCACUGGUCACUCUAAAACAUCCCAGUGGCCCCUGUCUAAUCUUGUCCUUCAUCCAUCAGACCUUCACAUUCUUUCUCUUCUUUUUCAAAAUGUAUUUAUUACCAAUUUUUCCACCAAGCUGUGGAAUCUUCAGGCGGCUGCUCUAAAACUAUAAAAUAUAUUUGGAUUAUUAAUAAUAAUGUGUUGGUUUUCUAUAGGAUCCCUGUCAGAGUGAGGGCAGGUGAGGCAGUACCUCAGCAGUGAUGUGUUGGUUUUCUAUAGGAUCCCUGUCAGAGUGAGGGCAGGUGAGGCAGUACCUCAGCAGUGAUGUGUUGGUUUUCUAUAGGAUCCCUGUCAGAGUGAGGGCAGCCACAGCCGCCCCUCAGGAAGCCUCCACCCAGAACCAACCCAUACUGUUCACUCACAAUAUUUCCACCAUUUUAAUUUUUAUUGAAUGAAAAUGUAUUUUUUGACAAUGUGAUUCAUCUGUAUUUUCCUGUUGUUGUUUUUUGCCCUCUGUGAAUUCCCAUGCUGGUGACAGAUGAUUAUAGACAGUGUUCAGACACCACAGACAAGAUGCAGUUUUUUGAACAUCUAGUUGGUUUUUAAUUUCUUUGCAUAAAACCGUGGCCAUAAGGGUGGGUGGGGCCUGCAGAAGGCUUGCUAGGAUAGCCGUAUCAGUGCCACAUGCUGGCUGUUGAUUUGCGGUCUCCUGGGGCAGUGCCAGACGUAAUGGUUUAACAUUCCAGAACACCAGACACUGCUAUUUACAUCAUGUGAUCACUGUCACGACUAUACACUAUUGCAUUUUAAUGAGGUGAAUGGACCUUUUGACCAGAGUGAUGGUCUGUACACAGCCAGAUAAGAAGCGGUUUUAAAAUGUUUUAAGCCAGUCUAGAUUCAGAUCAACUUGCUGAGAUCAGCAGGUUUUUCAGAAGUCUUCUAGUCUGUCAGCAGGCAGAGUGGGGCCUCAUUCCGGGGCCAGAGGACAGUGUGACGGUCCACAGUGGAAGGUCAGUGGUUAUGGACGGAAGCAGCAACGCCAUGUUUUGAUUAUAGUCCCGAACCACUCAAACACCUCCGCAAGUUCUAUUGCUGUUCUAGGACACGGCCACCUAUUAUGGUCUCUUUAUCAUGCUCUGUGCCAGUGUGGACUGAGGAGAAGAAGACCUCGGUCUCUGACUUAUGCUUGAAACCUCAGGGCCAUGCCUGCAUGGCCCAGCUGCCUGUGUUUGGCCUUGUCUCCACACUUUCAGAGGAGUUUUCAGGACCAUUCAUCCUGUAUGGAUGCAACGUUGGGUGAAUCCGGGGUGAUUCGUUUACCUUUUUGUCCAGCCAUCUAUCCAGUCCAGCCAUCUAAUGCCUGAUUAGAGAUGGCUGGAUGAAUGAGCCUUGGGCUGAGGCGUCAACGCUCAUUCUAGCUACACCAGUGAGCUGUGAAGGCCGGUGCCAUAGAUAAGGCUGGUCCUAUGACAGGCAAAAUGUCAUACCAUAUGUGUUUUAGCUACAAGGUUAUUCUCUUUCUUACCCCUAAAAUCACUGUACUGUAUUUGUGGAAAUUAUGAAACUGUCAGUGAGCUUGUACAACAGUUCCACUUGUUGGGGGAGCCAUCUAGUGGAGACUGAGUGUAAUGACUGAUCGGUGGUAAGACUCAACUACGCACUUCUCUCCCAGUUUGUAACGGCAAACAGUUUUUCCAGGGUAGGUUUUUCUAACCUAGCUAACUAUUUGUUACUUAUUUUGUGUUCCCUUUAUUGUCAAUCCCUGCUAACAAACUGCAUGCAAUUUAUAUAGAAGUUUUUAGUUUGUUUGUUAUUUUGGUUCUUUGGAUUAAAGGUUUUUGCCUUAUAAGAGGGGGAGGGAGGGUCUGAAAGACCAGUGUUUCAUCACCAGCCUCUCUAGACCACAGCCUACAUGCACACAAGUAGAGAGCCUACCCUACCGUAGGGGCUGUGUACUCCUACAUGGAACACAAUCCUGUCAGAGGCUCUCAUAGUCGAAGCCUCCAUCAUAUCCUUUCACGUCGCUGUUGGUGUUUUUUUUUCUUUCAUUUGAGAUUUUGUCAUUGUUUGGGGGAUCAUGAUGAAGCAGUUGUUUGUGUAUGGUGUAAUUGCUGCUACUGUCAACUGGGCCGGUUUGUGGCACAACGGGAUAGGUGCAUCUCUCCGGCCUGUCUUGUAACAAAAGGUUCUUAAUAAACAUUAGAUUCCUGAACUACA